AUGUUCAACGUGCCCCCGAAGCGCCACGACCAGCCCAUGCUACUGCUACGCAUUCCGUCGCCAGUGUCGCUCGGUGUCAAUGACAAGGACUCUGGAACUUAUCUCACGGCCAGUGGUGCUACCUCGAAGACCCCUGGCGGACCUCGUCGCAAGCCACCGCCAAUCGAUUUUUCCAAAAUUCAUGGCUCCCAUUCAUAUACUCCCGAUACUAGCAGUCCUUCCAAUCCGUCUCCAGGCGAUCGAUCAAUGUCCGAUUUCUCCACUGUGCUUCAAAGCUCCGAUCAUCAGGGGACCUUUCCUGGAGGUGCUUCAGGAGUGGCCUCGGGAGCUUCUCGCCCAGUGCCUUUGCCGGGACAGUUCCUGUCUCAGUUGGCCACAACUACCUCGACGAAUCCCAACCAGUCGACAAAUUCAACAACUGCAAAGUACUCGACAAACGCUCGAUCGACGCAUCGAACACAAGCUGCGCCAAUGCCACUUGUGCUGGCGUCUCAGAGAGUUAAUUACACGUCACUUGAGCAUCUCACACCUGAAGACUGGAAUAUCCUAGCGAACAACGACGACAUCAUAGAACUCAGCAAGUUGGGCGAGGGCAAUGGAGGAAGCGUCUCCAAGUGCAAGCUCCGGAGCGGGUCCCCGGUGUUUGCACUUAAGUUGAUCAAUGCAGAUUCCAAUCCUGACGUCCAGAAGCAGAUCAUAAGAGAGCUACAGUACAAUCGCUUGUGCAACUCGCCCAACAUUGUCAAAUACUAUGGUACAUUUUUGGUGGAGCUGCAAUCUAUGAUAGGAAUUGCCAUGGAGUUCAUGGGUGGCCGCUCGUUAGAUGCCAUUUACAAACGAGUCAUCGAGAUCGACUCCACAAAUCGUAUGAACGAAAAGGUAUUGGGCAAGAUUUCUGAGUCCGUCCUCCGUGGCCUCAGUUACCUUCAUCUGCAACGAAUCAUCCAUAGAGACAUCAAGCCAUCAAAUAUUUUACUUGAUCGUUACGGCAAUGUCAAGCUCUGUGACUUUGGUGUCAGUGGAGAGGUCGUCAACUCAUUGGCCACGACCUUUGUUGGCACUCAGUAUUACAUGGCUCCCGAAAGGAUCAUGGGUAAACCUUACAAUGUGAGCUGCGACGUGUGGUCCUUGGGACUUACUAUUCUCGAAGUAGCUAUGGGUCAAUUCCCUUACCACUUGCAGACAGACGACACACCACUCGGACCUAUCGAGCUUCUUUCGUUGAUAUUAGAGUACCAGCCUCAACUUGAGGAUAUUCCAGAGGACGGUAUUUUCUGGUCUGACUCAUUCAAGAGCUUUAUAGACUUCUGCUUGAAGAAGGACUUCGACAAGCGACCCAGUCCACAGCAGAUGCUCCAACAUCCGUGGUGUAUGGGACAGCUGCGGUUGCGUGUAGAUAUGGAGAAAUUUGUGAAACGACUCUGGGGAGAUAAUUUGGAUUAA